CCUAUCCCAUAAACCUUAGAUCACUAUCCCAUAUCAUUAUUAUUUCAAUAAUUUUUAGCCCUCCUAUCCCACUCUCCCAUAUCAUAAUGGAAACCUCUAUUGGUCAUGUCCUCCCUGGAUUAGGCUUCUUUUUAGUAGGACUAUGGCACAUGCUGAACCAAAUGAAACUUCAUUUCUCCCAACCAAAAUCCCACUUGUGUAUUCAAUGGUUUCCCUCUCCAAGAAUAAGAUACAUUGAGCUCUUCCUAAUAAUCUUGGGCAGCUUAGCCUUUCUCUCCGAGGAGAUCUUUAUAGGCCUCCAAAGGCGCACCCUUUUCGACCCCGAUGGAACGAUUCCUUUCAGCAAGCUCCGCAAGUUCGAACAUGCAAACAUCGCCAUCACCAUCUUCAUGUAUGCAGCCUUAAGCAUAAUUUUGGACAAGGUCAACCCACCAGCUAAGUAUGGGAUGACUCAACUUCUUGGUGCUGUUAUUUUUGGUCAACAGCUUUUAAAUUUCCACUUCCAUUCGACUGACCAUAUGGGGGUAGAAGGGCAGUACCAUUUCCUUCUACAAGUCUUCAUUCUUGUGUCGUUUGCAACUACCAUUUUGGGGAUUCCUUUCCCCCACAGCUUCAUGAAUGGCUUUGUGAUGUCUUUUAGCAUUAUGCUCCAAGGAUUUUGGUUAAUUUUAAUGGGGGUCAUGCUGUGGACCCCACAGUAUAUCCCAAAAGGCUGCUUCUUGAAUGAGGAUGAUGAUCAAUAUAGGCAUCAUGUAGUGAUGAGGUGCCAUGAUGAUGAAGCUACAAAGAGAGCCAUUUCCCUUGUCAAUAUUCAGUUUGGUUGGUGUGUAAUUGGUUUCACUGUUUUUGUCACCCUCCUCUACUUGGUCUUGUUCAAAUGCUACUCAUAUAGAGUUCCAUACAAUCUGCUACCAACGAAAUUUGAGGAUAGAAAAGACGAGUUAGUUCUUCAAGAUGCAACUUGAAUCAUAUACUCGUAUAUAUGAUUUCAUGGAGAUAAUAAUAUGUGCCAUCUUAUAUGUGACAAAACUGUUUCUUUAUCAUUUUUAGUACACAUUGUACAGAGAUUACUCCUUCGAUGGGUCCUUCAGUUCAACUAGUCAUGUUUGCAAAUGGUUUGCAACUUCCAUGUAAGACAGCCACAGAAUCAAAAAUAUCCUUUCCAAUAAUCAAGGUUGCAUAUUUAUUCAAUUAA